UUACUCUUUAGAUCUCUCUUGAAGAGGGCUGGUAUAUUUGUGCCUGCUGGAGGUGGAAUUAACAGUAAGAAGGAGAAAGGGAUUGAAUGGACUUACAGGAAGGAUUUCAAGUAAAUUCAGGGAAACACAUUUACUUGAAUAGUACAACCUUGAGUCUUAUUUUACACUAAGACGACACAAAAGAUGUUAAAGUUAUCACCAAGCUGCCGGACAAAUAUAUAUUACAACACCAAGGUGCAGAUCAGCAUAGAUCUGUGAUUCAGAAAUCAGGAUUUGUCUUGGAAAGAGCUCAAGGGUUGAGAAGAACUCAAGAGCAUGUGAAGAUAACUUUGGGAACUACGGUUUAUCAGAAGAUCAACUUUCGUUAAUUCAGAUACCAAAGGCCUGAUUAUCAUAAAUUCAUAUAGGAAUGCAUAGGUCAUCUGAUCAAAUGAUAUUAGCCGUCUUCUGCUACAUCAGUGCAGCAAAAACUCAACAAUUGUGGAUAAUUUGAAAUUUGAGUUUCAGCUUUCUUAGAAAUAACUACUCUUGACACAUUCCAAAAUAUUAAAAAUAGGACAGGAAAAUCAGUGAGGAUGUUGUGUUCAGAAAUGUCACUGUCAUGAAGAAUAGGUAAAUUUGUUUUUUCAGCUACUGGGAAAGUGUACCUCCUAGGAACUUAGAUUUUUUUUUUUUUUUAAGAGGACAAGAAGAACUAAAAAUAUCAACUUUUUCUUUUGGAGAAAAAUGCAUCUGACUGUAUUUUUACUUAGGGGUAUUGUGGGUUUCCUCUGGAGCUGCUGGGUUCUAGUGGGUUAUGCAAAAGGAGGUUUGGGAGAUAAUCAUGUUCACUCCAGUUUUAUUUAUAGAAGACUACGGAAUCAUGAAAGACGGGAAAUACAGAGGGAAAUUCUCUCUAUCUUGGGUUUGCCUCACAGACCCAGACCAUUUUCACCUGGAAAGCAAGCGUCUUCUGCGCCUCUUUUUAUGCUGGACCUAUACAAUGCCAUGGCCAAUGAAGAAAAUCCCGAAGAGUCAGAAUACUCAGUGAGGGCAUCUCUGGCAGGAGAGACAAGAGGGGCAAGAAAAGGAUACCCAGCCUCUCCCAAUGGGUAUCCUCGUCGUAUACAGUUAUCUCGAACGAAUCCUCUGACCACCCAGAGUCCUCCUCUAGCCAGCCUACAUGAUACCAACUUUCUGAAUGAUGCUGACAUGGUCAUGAGCUUUGUCAACUUAGUUGAAAGAGACAAGGAUUUUUCUCACCAGCGAAGGCAUUACAAAGAAUUUCGGUUUGAUCUUACUCAAAUUCCCCAUGGAGAGGCAGUAACAGCAGCUGAAUUCCGUAUAUACAAGGACCGGAGCAACAAUCGAUUUGAAAAUGAAACAAUUACAAUUAGCAUAUAUCAGAUCAUCAAGGAAUACACAAAUAGGGAUGCAGAUCUGUUCCUGUUAGACACAAGAAAGGCCCAAGCUUUAGAUGUGGGUUGGCUUGUCUUUGAUAUCACUGUAACCAGCAAUCACUGGGUGAUUAAUCCACAGAACAAUUUGGGCUUACAGCUCUGUGCAGAAACAGGGGAUGGACGCAGUAUCAACGUAAAAUCCGCUGGUCUUGUGGGAAGACACGGACCUCAGUCAAAACAACCAUUCAUGGUGGCCUUCUUUAAGGCCAGUGAGGUUCUUCUUCGAUCUGUGAGAGCAGCCAACAAAAGGAAAAAUCAAAACCGCAAUAAAUCCAGUUCUCAUCAGGACUCCUCCAGAAUGUCCAGUGUUGGAGAUUAUAAUACAAGUGAACAAAAGCAAGCCUGUAAGAAGCAUGAACUCUAUGUGAGUUUCCGGGAUCUGGGAUGGCAGGACUGGAUUAUAGCACCAGAAGGAUAUGCUGCAUUUUAUUGUGAUGGAGAAUGUUCUUUUCCACUUAAUGCCCAUAUGAAUGCCACCAACCAUGCCAUAGUUCAGACUCUGGUUCAUCUGAUGUUUCCUGACCAUGUACCAAAGCCUUGUUGUGCUCCAACUAAAUUAAAUGCUAUCUCUGUUCUGUACUUUGAUGACAGCUCCAAUGUCAUUUUGAAAAAAUACAGAAAUAUGGUAGUACGUUCAUGUGGCUGCCACUAAUAUUAAAUAAUAAUGGUAAUAACAAAAAGAUCUGUAUUAAGGUUUAUGACUGCAAUAAAAAGCAUACUUUCAGACAAAAGGGGAAUUU